UUUUUGAAUGAAAUAUUGUGCCAAACUUCAAGCAGAUUACAUUAUUUGAUUUAUUUGAAGUAUUUUUACCUCACUUAGAAUAAAUACCAGUAAGCAGCAGACACAAAAAAGCGUGAGCAAAUUGCUGAAAAUGUUAAACAGCUGAUCCGAGCAAUUGGAGAACUACUGCAUGCCGGAGUGUGUUCAAUUAAACAAUCUCUUACUGUGGCUCUCAAACGUUGCUAGGAAACAGUUAGUCAUUUUUGCGUACCAAACAAUUUACUAAUUUCGAUUAGUCGGUAGUUCCGCGUUAAUUUUUAUUAUAUUUCGCAAAUUUAGUGCAUAAAUAACGUAAUUAAGGGAUAAAAUGCUGUUCUUACUGAUGUCCCGGUAGCGGUGAAAAUAUUUGCUGAUAUGAACUUUAGCGACGAUCCAUUGGCCGAUUUGCUUAGCGAUAAUAGUCUGGACAAUGAUACCUUCUUUGAUAAUCCAGCUAACAAAAAACCGACGAAUCGUGUAAAUAAAACUAAAAAUAAGUUAGACGAUUUAUUUGGGAUUAAAGAGGAGAGUGAAGCAGUUCCGCCAGUGCCAGUGCCUAAAACACGCCAAGCUGUGUCAACGCCAACAACAACCGUAAUAACAAAUACACCAUCCAAGUCGCAGACAAAGCCAACCACAGAUUUCACACAAAAUGAUGAUGAGGAUGAUGAUGAUUUGGGUUUCGAUCCACAAAAACCAAAAGCCGCCGGCAAGUUAAAUUUAUUGGACGAUUUAUUUGCAAGCUCCGGUGUUAGUGAAUCCAAACGACCUGCGACUGCACAACCAACGACUGGGCGACGUGACACGGAAAAACCAGUAAUUUCCCGUCAGUCCACUGACACUACCACGGAUACCUCAAAUGUACUACUAACUCAGCCACGCCCAAAAACUUCAGCGGGACGGCGAAGUUCAAGUGCAUCGAAUGCAAUGACGGUCGAUCCCUUAGGACUUUUCGGCGCACAAGCUAAAGAACGUGAUAAAGAGCCUUCUAUUUCUGGCAUGUCUACGCCAAAAGCUAGGAAACGUGGCACCACUGCAGACUGGCUGGGUUUGAACACAGAAGCGGAGGGUGUUGCAAAAAUUGAUAAUAUACCAGAUUCCCCCGCGCACAUAUCAAAACCGCCAACAACAACUUCGCUUACAACAACUGCCAGUACAGCGCGCGAAACUAUAGACAUUCUAAAACUACCCGAUAAUGAUUGGCCCGCAACUUUGGCGCAACACGCUGAAAUACAUGAAAACGCAGAGCGCGUAACAGAACAAAUUGCGACUCCUGCAACAUCUGGCGGCAGCACAGCAAAAAAUAUACUGCUGCUGAAUGCGCACAAUAUGGAAAUGAAAAACGCCUAUACAGCGCUACAACAGCAGGAAUCUCAGCUCGCGUUGGCGACCCAAAUGAAAGCUCAGGAGCGCGCUUUACUCGAAAUGCAACGCAAACAGGAGACGCUACUACAACAGCAGGAGCGGCAGUUUCAGGCGUUGAUGGAACAACAAUUGCAACGGCAGCAGCAAAUGGAGGAGCACAUAAAGAUGCAACAGCAGCGCAUCAGCACACAUAUUCAGCUUCUAAUGUCACAACCAGCCAUGCUGCCAACAAUGCCACUGCCAGCAUCAACAGCAGCCGCAGUUGCGUUCGAUAAUUUGGGUGAACGUCUGGGCUCACCAGAUGGCACACCAGAGAAGUCCGAAGACGUGCGUGGUACAUUGGAGCAACGACACGGAAAGAGUCGCAGUCACAGCGGCAGUCGCAGCAACAGUCAUGGUAGACCUUCAUCGCCGUCAGAUGGCAUAAUGGUACAUGUGCAACUUGAAGCUGACAACAAGCGCUUGGAAUUGGAGAAGUUGCGUUUGGAAGAGCUCGUGGCAAAUCAAAAAGUGAACUAUGAACGUGAAAUCGAAUUAAUUGAGCGUUCUUAUAAGAAACAGUUGGAGGUCGUCGAAAACCAAGCGCAUUCCAUAGAAACGCGCUUAAAAACAGAACUGGAGGAGCUUACGAAAAACUACGCACAAAAGUUGGACGCGUUGGAUAGUGAAAAGACUCGUCUAAAAUCUGAUUAUGAAACCGAUAUCGGCGCUUUGAAACAGGAUCACGAAGAUGAGCUACGUAAAUUGAAGAAAUCUCAUGAUGAUGACCUAGACAUGUUAAGAGAUGAACACCGACGCAUGCUGGAUAAUGUGAGACAGGCUAAAAUGCUCGAAUUCGCGGCUAUACAAGAAAAUGGCUCUUACAUGGAAACACUGAAGGCGGCUUCAAGUAAUUUAGAAAAUCUUAGUGAUGGUUUACAGAGCCUACGCGAUGAUGUCAACUCAAGACUAGAGUUGCAACACAAAGAAAGAGAGAAAAAGCUAACUGCACGUGAAAAACGCCUGGAAGACGCAGAGCGACGCUUGAAGAUGAACGAGGAAACGGCGGAUGAGGAGAAAAAGCGGCUAAUGAUCUUGGUUAGCACCUUGGAACAACAACUGAAUAAGCUGUCGAAAGAUUCAGCUGAAGAAAAUUGGUUGCUGCGUCAACGCAUGGCUGCACUUGAGGCGGAGAAGGCGGCCUUUGAGAAAGAGAAAGAAUUUGCGCGCGAGCAAAUCGCGCGUGAUGAAAAACGUUUGGCCGAUCUCAAGGAACGGCAGCUAGCGGAGGCACAACGCGCUUUAGUGGAUCUUCAAGAGGAAAAGGCGCGUGUCUAUUUGGAGCGUACUAAAAUUGAGACCGAACAGAAACUACAAUCCGGUCACGAUGUGGAGAUGCAACGUUUAGAAAUGGAUGCCGUUAUGAAAGUAGCACAAGAUGCCGCGCGCCAAGCAGAUGUGGAACGCGAACGUUAUCACAAAUCAUUGCGUAAGUUAGAGCAACAGAAACGUGAACUCAUGGACAAGGAAAACACGUUACGCGCCAAAGAGGAUGAACUUCAACAGGAAACCCUCUCAUUCCGCAUGGCCGAGCAUAAAUCGCAAGAAGCGCUGGAGGCUGCACGCACGGCUGAACAAAAUUUCCGAGCUAAACUUCAAAUACUACAGCAGCGUAUGAGUGAGGUAGGUGAAAUGGAGGUGAAUUUGUCGCAGGAGCGCAUGCUACUCACUCAAGAGCGCAUAUCAUUGCAGCAAAUGAAGCAGCGUCUAAUGGAAAAACGUUGUGCGCUAUGCAAAAUGGGCGAUCAACGUGAGAAAGUGGCACAAUUUUUUACCAACAACGAUGGUGACCCAAUGGUGCAAGCUGAAAACGGCGCAACAAGCGUUCCGGAUGCGCUGCAACAAAGUCAAAUUAGAGCGGAAGAACUGAAAAUGCGUCACAUACUGGAGGAGGGCAAUAUCGUUGAUCGUAUGCUUGAUGAAAAUAUAGCCGAGUCUUUUCGAAAAAUGAGAGCGACAACGAAUAUGGAAUACUGGCCGGAGACCGUGUUGGACGAUGAUGCCAAGGAAAUGGCUCUUAAUAAUUUGGAUAAUAUUGGUUUGUUGCGUGGUAGUGGAGAUAACUUGAUUAGUCGCAAUGGUCCAAGUAACUAUUAGUGCAAAAAGAAAAACAAUAAUAAAAAUUGAAAAAAUUCUAAGCUUUA